AUGAUCGAAUACUUUCAAUCUUUAUUACCAUACACCACUCCACAAGGGGGGAAGCUUCCAUAUUGGCUUCUCUUUAUCUCGAUUGUUUCGAUUUUUAACUCAUACCAAACAUACCAAUCGAAAGAUCUUCAACUUACCAAGCGUGUUUAUGAAAAUGAAUCUUCUCCUUCCCAACCAUCUCAACCCCAAGUGACACACCUUAGUGCUCGUACUUUUGGAACAUGGACCUUGAUCACCUCAAUUGUCAGGUUUUAUGGUGCUUACAAUGUUACUAAUAAGGCAGUUUAUGAAUUAGUUCAAUUCACUUACCUUGUUGCUGGAUGGCAUUUCUUCAGUGAAUGGUUGAUCUACAAGACUUGUAAGUUGGGGAAAGGGUUAGCUGGUCCUUUGAUUGUUGCUUCAGUCAGUUCAAUUUGGAUGUACUUACAAAAGGAUUUCUAUCUUGGAAGUGCUUAA